AAAUGGCGGAAUUAUUUGAGUGAGAUUUGGAUCAGACUCUAUUAAAAGGGGGAGACACCGGCAGUCUGCGAAAGAGAGAGAAGGGAAGAAAAAAAACCCAAAUAAACUCAAAUUUCCGACUGUUUUCGCAACUCAAAAUCCGAGAGAGAGAGAGAGGGUUUUUCUUUCCUUUUCUUUCGGUGCUUCAGACGCGUUUUCCCUCCUAUAAAACCCGUUUCGGAUUUCACGUCCUUUUCUACACAGUUCUCGAAAUAGCAGCAGAGAACAGAGCAGCUACUUCGUUUCUCUCCCUCUCUCUCUCUAUCGUCUCUUUCUUUUGUUUGCAGCAUUUCAGCAAACGGAAACCGGGCGGUGCGGUUUUUUCGUUUUCCGUUACGAACUGUACCGGCAGUGAGCAUUUGAGUGCUUUUUCGGCCGAGAUUUAUUGUAAUAUCGGCGCACUUAAAACGCCUGCUGUAGAAUCUCUUGGAUUGGAUGAGUCUUUAUCUUCACUCCCUCUUCUCCCAACGCUCUUCUAUUUCUAGCUUCCGUUUCUCGUUUUUCUUGUCAUAAAGCAAAAGGUGAGAGAGAGAGAUUCAUGCAUUUGUAUUGAGAGAUUUCAGAUCUUCGAUACUUACAAGAACGAGAAGAAAAGUUUCUCUCUUCUUUUCUCUCAGGGUUUUUUCUGCAGACCGACGUCAGAGAUAACGGAAGGAUGUUGCCGCAGAAGCAAGCGGAAGAAUCGAUUGUAAGCUACAACGAGACGGAGAAUGAAGGAAAAGAGGAAGAGAAGGAAGACACGUCGAUAUUGAGCGUCAAAAGCUUUCUCUGGCAUGGAGGCUCCGUUUACGACGCCUGGUUCAGCUGCGCUUCUAAUCAAGUGGCGCAGGUUCUUUUAACGUUGCCGUACUCCUUUUCUCAGCUGGGGAUGCUUUCCGGAAUCCUGCUGCAGCUCUUCUAUGGAAUCCUCGGGAGCUGGACGGCGUAUCUCAUUAGCGUACUCUACGUAGAGUACCGGAGCCGAAAGGAGAAAGAGAACGUUAGCUUCAAGAACCAUGUCAUUCAGUGGUUUGAAGUUCUGGAUGGGUUGCUGGGGCCUUACUGGAAAGCAAUGGGGCUGGCCUUCAACUGCACUUUCCUUCUCUUUGGGUCUGUCAUUCAGCUCAUAGCUUGCGCAAGCAACAUAUACUACAUAAACGAUCGUUUGGAUAAGAGGACAUGGACGUAUAUCUUCGGAGCAUGCUGCGCUACUACUGUUUUCAUACCGUCCUUCCACAACUACCGAAUCUGGUCUUUUCUAGGUCUUGGGAUGACGACGUAUACGGCCUGGUACUUGACGAUUGCAGCUCUAGUCCAUGGCCAGGUAGAAGGCGUUUCACACACGGCUCCUACAAAGCUGGUACUGUAUUUUACUGGCGCCACCAAUAUCCUCUACACUUUCGGCGGACACGCUGUCACAGUGGAAAUCAUGCACGCGAUGUGGAAGCCCCAGAAGUUCAAGUACAUCUACCUGCUGGCCACACUGUACGUCUUCACACUAACGUUGCCGUCAGCGUCCGCCGUUUACUGGGCCUUUGGCGACCAGCUCCUCAACCACUCCAACGCCUUCUCUCUCCUUCCCAAGAACGCCUUCCGUGAUGCCGCCGUUAUUCUUAUGCUCAUCCAUCAGUUCAUCACGUUCGGGUUCGCAUGCACCCCGCUGUAUUUCGUGUGGGAGAAGGUGAUAGGGGUGCACGACACGAAGAGCAUAUGUCUGCGUGCUAUCGCCCGGCUGCCCGUGGUCAUACCGAUAUGGUUCUUGGCCAUCAUCUUCCCCUUCUUCGGUCCCAUCAACUCGGCCGUGGGAGCGCUCCUGGUUAGCUUCACUGUCUACAUCAUCCCCUCACUCGCGCAUAUCCUCACCUACAGAAAAGCCUCUGCACGUCAGAAUGCGGCAGAGAAGCCUCCGUUCUUCCUCCCAAGCUGGACAGCCAUGUUCGUGGUGAACGCAUUCGUGGUUGUGUGGGUCUUCAUCGUCGGAUUCGGGUUCGGAGGGUGGGCCAGCAUGACCAACUUCGUGAGGCAAGUGGACACGUUCGGGCUCUUCGCCAAGUGCUACCAGUGUGCCAAACCUGCACCCACACCAGCUCAACACCAUUGAUUCGGGUCCGGGUCGAACUGGGCCCGACCCUAGUCAAAUAACCCAAACAACACAGAAAAAUUCAAAUCAUCAAAGGCCCACCUUUCUCUUGUAUGAUAUAGUGAUAAUAUGUAUACAUGGGGAGGUAGAGCUUCCCCACUUGUGGUGUGUGUGCUAUCUUUUGCUUUCCUUUUACCGAGUGGAGAUCGUACGGUGAUGAUUCCUUUUGCUACCAAAGCAUGUGGUAAUUAAUGGUGUAGGUUCUUACUUUGUGUC